AUGUUGAAAAGGUUCGUUUCAUUUAAGGCAGCUGGUAAGUUGAAGCUAGCAGAUUUGAACAAACUGACGAUAAAUGCAAAAUAUGCUGUCAGAGGAAAGAUUCCUAUUAGAGCCGACGAGCUUAAAGAGCAAUUAAAUGACAAGAAUAAUGGUUUGCCAUUUAAGGAGAUCAUUUAUGCUAAUAUUGGUAAUCCACAACAAUUGGACCAGGCUCCCUUAACAUGGUAUAGACAGGUGUUAUCUGUUUUGCAAAAUCCCAAGUUAUUGAAUGCUCAGAUUGAUUAUCCGAAGGAUGUGAUUGACAGGGCGAAGACAUUGUUGGAGAAUGUGGGAUCCGUCGGUGCAUAUUCCCAUUCACAGGGGAAUCCACAUGUCAGAAAAUCCGUUGCAGAUUUCAUCACAAGAAGAGAUGGGUUCCCCAGUAACCCAUCAGACAUUUUUUUGACUGGUGGUGCUUCUGCUGCGGUAUCUUAUUUAUUACAGGUUUUAUCGAGUAGUAAUACUUCAGGGUUUUUGAUCCCAAUCCCCCAGUAUCCGUUAUAUACGGCCAGUAUUGCAUUGAAUGACGCAGUUCCAAUUGGAUAUUACUUAAACGAAGAAAACAAUUGGUCCACCGACCCUACACAGAUUAGAGAGUUGAUUAAUGAAAACAACGAGAAGGGUAUUCAGAUCAAAGCGUUGGUUGUUAUUAACCCAGGUAAUCCUACUGGUUCUAUCUUGUCAUAUGAUAAUAUUGUUGAGAUCAUAGACAUUGCUGCUGAACAUGGAAUAGCCAUUAUUGCAGAUGAAGUAUACCAGGAAAAUGUAUUUAAAGGAGAGUUUGUUUCUGUGAAAAAAGUUUUAUCAAAGUUAAAUGAGCUUGAUCCUGAAAAGUAUGGUAAUGUGCAGUUAGCUUCAUUACAUUCCACAUCUAAAGGGGUGAGUGGUGAAUGUGGACAAAGAGGUGGAUACAUGGAGUUAGUUGGAUUUUCGAAGGAAGUAAGAGAUAUCAUUUUUAAAUUGGCCUCCAUUAAUUUAUGUUCUGUUGUGUCAGGACAAACUUUAGUAGAACUAAUGAUUAAUCCUCCAGCUCCAGGGUCCCCAUCAUACGACUUAUACAAAUCGGAGACUUCCAAAAUUAAUAAAGAUUUGCAGACCAGGGCCGAUUUAUUGUAUAAUUCUUUCAUUGAAAUGGAAGAUAUAACUUGUAAUAAACCUAUGGGUGCUAUGUAUCUUUUCCCUAAAUUAAAUUUCACUCCAAAUUCAUAUUCAAAAUUAUUUAAAUCUUCAGAACAGAUGGAUUCUACUAUUGAUGAAACAUAUUGCAUUGAAUUAUUAGAGAGCACUGGUAUUUGUUGUAUUCCUGGUUCAGGAUUUGGCCAAGUACCAGAUACGUAUCAUUUAAGAACUACUUUCUUACCUCCAGGGUCAGAAUGGAUUAACAAAUGGUCUAAAUUCCAUAAUGAUUUCGUCAAGAAGUACAAAAAUUGA